AGACAAAAAGCCUUUUUCUUACUCUCUCGUACGCUUAUCUUAUCAAAACUUGGACUGUUCCCGGAGAACCAAAAAUGUCGAAUCCCGGAGAACCUUUUCGGAUAUCGUCGGAAUUUCUCGGCACCGGAGGACCCUCUCUCCGGCAACAAGGUUCGAUCGCCGAUGCCGAUCUUCGUGUCCCACUCCAAAACCUCUCGACGGUCAAAAUGAGGAUGGAUUCUCUACAAGAUUUCCUCUCUAAAUCGGUCAACACCAACACUUUGAUCUCCAAACAUCAUAUGGACUUCGUUUCCUCCGAAAUCACUGCCGCCGUCCACCAGAUCAUAGUCAACGGUGCCGCUCUCCUCUCUGGCUCCCAAAGAGCCCAUUUCCCGAAUCCGAUUCCGAACCCGACUCCGGAACCGAAACCCAAGUUCAACGACGACGACGAAGGAGAUUCCGAGGUAAUCGAGUUAGACGCCGUCGAAUUGCUCUCGGAACAUUUACAUUUCUGCGAAAUUUGCGGUAAAGGUUUCAAACGCGACGCGAAUCUACGGAUGCAUAUGAGGGCUCACGGAGAUCAGUACAAAACUACGGAAGCGUUGGCCAAGAAAUCGGAAGUGAAGAAUCCGGGCCGGAAUACCCGGUUUUCGUGCCCGUACGAUGGGUGUAAUAGGAACAAGAAGAAUCCCAAGUUCAGGCCAUUGAAAUCGGUUAUCUGUGUGAGGAAUCAUUUCAAGAGAAGCCACUGCCCGAAAAUGUAUAGCUGCAAUAGGUUCCAUAAGAAGAGUUUCUCGGUAUUGAGCGUUUUGAAGGCUCAUCUGAAACAUUGUGGCAUCGGGGAAGAGGUUAAGAAGUGGAAGUGUAGUUGCGGGAAUGGAUUUUCCAGGAAAGAUAAGCUCUUCGGGCACAUAUCGUUGUUCGAAGGACAUAUGCCUGUAGUUGCAGAAGAACCGGUGGCUGAGGAGGAUCAGAAGCGGAAAGGUGUGGCGGUGAUGGUCGACGAAGACGAUUUGACGGGGAAGGAAGAUUGUCUGGAAGAUGGAUUAAUUGAUGAUUUGCUUGAUGGGUUUGGUUCAUUUGAGAAUUACAGUUUGCAAGAUGUGUUGGGACCUUCUCAUAAUGCCUUCUUUUAACAUUAAAAUUGCCAUUACAUGGAUGUUUUUUUAGAUCUGCUACUUUUUCCUAUAAUCCUUGUUGUAACAUAUUAUACUGUUAGCUUCUUGUGACAAUAAACUGUUCUUUCAAA